ACGUGACCAAUCAGAGGGCAAGAAGAGCUUCUACCUGAGCAGGUAUCACUUAUGUGAAGAACUCUAAAUCUCCUGUGUAUGUGUGUGUGAGGGCAAUCUCUCGGACCUGUCUCACCUGAAAGACCCUCUUAAUAGAGAAAACAGGGGCCAAACACAUCGAUCAUGGAGACUAGAGGAGUUCUCGCGCUCUGUUUCACCUGUCUCAGCUUGUUCAGCGGAGCGCGUGGCGGUAAACGGGACAUUUUCGCGAAAGUUGUGGAUUUGGUGUCUCCAGGACAGGAGUUCCUCACAGAAGAUGCGGUUCGCUCGGUUUUUGAACGGCUGGAGGACCGUGUGCAGUGCUCCGGUGUGUCGUGUGGAAAGUGCCUCUCUGUGGAAAGUUUGCCCCAGCUGUUGAGUAACUACACCAGCUCACAGGGGCUGCAGAUGGAGGACUUCUUCACGAUGGCCCUUGGGUGCUGCUUGUUUCUGAGCGGGCCACUUCACACCUGCGGGGUCAUUCAUGAGGGCCACUGGGGCGAAGAGACCGAGCAUUUCAUUGAAACAAUCUUAGGCCAAGGUCACCAUGAUGACCAUGACAACAGCACGCCCACCAGCCAUCCUCCCCAUGGUGAUAUCAGCACAACAGAAUAUGAGGGUUUAGAGAGACUGUUUCAUGACAUGGAAAAAUACUAUCAGCCCGACACACAUGAGCCAUGUUUCUCUCUGAACGACAUCCUGGAAGAGAGCAGCGAUGAUCACGGAGACCACACGCAUGUCGAGCUGGAUGCCGUGUGCGGAAACAUCGUGUUUCACGCUCUGCGUGGAGACUGUAUGAGGGCACACGUCCUGCCUGAGCAAGAGUUCUUCCUGGAUUACAUCUUCAACCUGUUUGGCUCUGAUAAUCUCACACUUCAUGAUUUUGAAGAGCUCCUGAAGACCUUAAGCCUGGGCGGAGAGGAACACGAUCAUGAUGAAGACCAUCUUGAUGCUGAAUCCCACCACAGAAUGACCCACAGAGAAAGUCAUCCAGAGGGUCACCAUAGCAACAGCAGCUGGGAUGCGACGUGUUUCAGUGCUGAAGAUCUUCUAAGAAUCCACCAGAUAAACUCCACAGCACUGACCCGAGAUCAGUUCAAACAGCUCAGUCCUGCCCUGAUUCAACAGAUUCUCAGUGGAGGCUGUUCUCAGAUCAGCCCCAGUCCAGUGACACCCAACUCGCUCAGUGCUGUUGAGAAAUAUGGAUACGCCACCCUCGCCAACCUUAUCAUCUGUCUGAUGGCCAUGUUUGGGAUUGUGGUGCUGUUGUUUUCCGCCUGUACUCAAGUGUUUGAGCUCUGCAUUCAGUUCUGCAUCAGUCUCGCUGUGGGGUCGCUGACCGGUGACGCGCUGUUGCAUCUCCUGCCUUCGUUUUUGGGCCUUCAUGUUCAUGACAAUGGAAACAAUCAUGACCAUUCAGAGGACAAUCUCGACUUUGUGUACAAACUCCUGGUGCUCAUUGGAGGCAUCUAUUUCUUCUACGUGAUGGAAACCAUCUUCUCCAUCAUUACUCGUGGAGAACAUCACCACCAUCAUGAUGGAGAGGAGUCGGAUCUUCAUCACUGUGACCACGGCAAAGUUCUGCAGAUGUUCCAGAGAGACAAAGAGAACAAGCACUCAAGCUCACAGGCUGAUCUGGUGAACACAGAAAAAAACGAGAAGUCCUUCCUGGAACCUGCUGUCCAAAGCAGAGAACAGCGUUUGCUUCCCUAUAUGAUCACCAUUGGUGACAGCAUACAUAACUUUGCGGACGGUUUGGCCGUCGGCGCUGCGUUCUCCGUGUCAUGGCGAUCAGGACUGGCCACAUCACUGGCCGUACUCUGUCACGAGCUGCCACAUGAGUUGGGUGAUUUUGCGAUCCUCUUACACUGCGGAGUGUCGGUGAAAAAUGCCCUGUUGUUGAAUGUGGGCAGCGCUCUCACCUCCUUCAUUGGAUUGUACAUCGCAUUGUCUGUCUCAACGGAAACUGUCGCCACGGAGUGGAUUUCGGCUGUGACUGCUGGCCUCUUCCUGUAUGUUGGUCUGGUAGACAUGCUUCCGUCCAUGGUUCACGUAGACAGUAAAAGACCUUGGAUGAUGUUUCUUCUGCAGAAUCUGGGACUUUUGUGCGGCUGGGGCAUUCUGUUGUUGCUGUCCUUUUAUGAAGACCAGAUCGGGGUCUAAAAAUACAACCACAUUUGUUUUUAUUUGUGCCUUAUUCCUAUAUUUCUCUUCCUAGAAUAUGUUUUGUAUGGUAGUUAUUGGAACAUGAAAUAUGUGCAAUUUUGUUCUGCCCUUUCUUACGUGUUUUCAUACAGAAUAUUUUUAUAUUUUUUAAAUUGCAUCUACGCUUGAGUGGAACGGCCUGCGGUGUAAAAAUCAACUGUGUGCUACUUACAGCACAGAAAACUACUAAAUCUAAAACAAGCAGCUUUUGCACAUUUUCUGGACUCAUUAUUUGUAUUCAUUAAUAAUGAUUAAUCGUUCAUUCAUCACAAUCACAUUUACGGUACUGUUCAUGGCCAUAAGCGCUCUGGAUAUGAUGAAAUGCUUUAAUGUUGCACCUGUCUUUGGAUUUAAAAGUAUUUUAUAUUAGUCAAUAAUUAUCUGUAAUGUGUUUUUGAAUUGUAAUAUUUUUUAAGUUCAACAUCAGCCCAGAACAGAGUAUUGAAAGCAUACUUGUAUAGUGUGUUACACUUAAAGGAAUAGUUCACCCAAAAUAAAUAAAUCAAUUCACUCACCCUCAUGUCGUUCCAAACCAACAUGACUUUCUUCAUUUCUUCAAUGCUGAAUUUUAACAGCCUGAGACACGAGCGUGACUGCUGUGUACAUUUUCCAUUUCCCUUUUUGAUUGUAACUAGUAGCACCUAAUAAACAAGCAAAAAAAUAAAACAAAACAUUUAUACAGCAACUAGUUUUCCUAAAAACUGAUGUCCACAAAUGUGGACAGCGGGACUAAGUUGUGAAGUAAUACCAAGCUAUAGAAAGCCAGAUGUUUUUUUCAUCAAAUAGUUUAUUAUGUGUCCAAUUGUGUUGAUUAUUUAUGAGCCUUUACAGAUAUUACAGCUGAUUUUAUAUAAAGCUGAAUAAAUAAUUCUGAUUAAAAGUAACGUCCAGCAUCGUCCAAUAAAUGCCAACCAUGUGAAAAUAAAAUAUACAUUAUAAAUGGUGAAUCUAUGUACUGAUUAUCAUAUCCCAUGUGUGUCAAACAUGUCGAGUGAUCCAAACAUCAUCUGCAGCCUGAAACUGAACUAUUGACACUUAACUGCAUAGAGAAAUAUAGGAUGCUCCCUUACUCCCUAUUUAGUGAAUGACUUAACCUCCAGUGUGCUGUCUGUCUACACUGAUCUCAGAACAGUUUGAAAUGCACCUCAUUUUCAUCCUAACUCUGUAUAAAUCCUCUGAAAGCUACAUUUUCCAUAUUUUGCAUGAAUACAUUAAUUCCCAUUGUGAUAAUACACAGUAAAUAUAUAGGAAUGCAGUUAUUAAUGUUAAUGAAUAGAACCGUAUUAUACAGUGAUAACAUGAUAUAUAAAAUAUAACAAAAUGUAUAUUUAAAUGAAGCAAAAUGACCCACAGAUGUGUUAAUGUUGAAAGUUAUUCAAAAUAACCCAAAUAUCCAAAAUAAUAUGUUUUCAACUUUUGAGGGAAUAAGGUCCUAAUUUCCAUAUAUGUGGACAUCAUGUUUAUCAGCAUUCUGACGUGCGAAAAAAUUAUGACUUUUUUAAAGUAGCAUAUCAAAUGAAACUAGAGACUCUCUUCUUUACAACCAAACAGCUUUCAACAAAGAAAAUUCUAAAAAAAUAUAUAUUUCUUAACAGAGGCACUUUUGUUGGUGCUGUGCCCGUAGAAGCACUUCCUGGAAAUCAACAUGAUGCUGGUUGUCACGUGACAUGGUGCACCAGAAGUUUAACCCUUAAAUGACAGUGCAAACCAUUUUCAGUCAGUUUUAUUUCAUUUAAAUAAUGUGUUGCAUAUAGUGAAGCCAAAAUUGACUCCCAAUCUCAGCAGGGUCACACAAGGUUAAAAUAUGCAUUAAAGGGCAUAAGACAAUAUCCACCACUGCCAAUGUAUUGAAAAUAAGGACAGAAACUUUUGUUAAAACAUCUUUUGUGUUCUGGAUAAGGAAGAAAUUCCUACGGGUUUGGAGUGAUAUGAAGGUGAGAAAAUAAUGACAGAAUUUUCACUUUUGAAUGAAACUGUUCCUUCAUAUUUA